AUGACUACCCCUUCGCGUGAAGACUCUGUGUACCUCGCUAAGCUUGCUGAGCAGGCUGAGCGCUAUGAGGAGAUGGUCGAAAACAUGAAGCGCGUUGCUUCUUCGAACCAGGAGCUAACGGUCGAGGAGCGUAACCUCCUCUCCGUUGCCUACAAGAACGUUAUCGGUGCGCGCCGCGCUUCGUGGCGUAUUGUCUCCUCUAUUGAGCAGAAGGAGGAGUCGAAGGGUAACGAGACGCAGGUGUCGAUGAUUAAGGUGUACCGCGAGAAGAUUGAGUCGGAGCUGGCUCAGAUUUGCGAGGACAUCCUGAAGGUGCUCGACACUCACCUUAUCCCUUCGGCUGCCUCCGGCGAGAGCAAGGUGUUCUACCACAAGAUGAAGGGCGACUACCACCGCUACCUUGCCGAGUUUGCUACCGGCGAGAAGCGCAAGGACUCUGCUGACAAGUCGCUUGAGUCGUACAAGGCUGCUUCGGAUGUGGCUGUGACGGAGCUGCCACCCACGCACCCGAUCCGCCUUGGUCUUGCUCUCAACUUCUCUGUGUUCUACUACGAGAUCCUUAACUCGCCCGACCGCGCGUGCCACCUCGCGAAGCAAGCCUUUGACGAUGCUAUUGCGGAGUUGGAUACCCUCUCGGAGGAGAGUUACAAGGACUCGACCUUGAUCAUGCAGUUGCUGCGUGACAACCUGACGCUCUGGACCAGUGACAUGCAGGACACAGAGAAGCCGGCCGAGGGUGCUGCACCGGCUGCGGAGGGUGCGCCCUCUGCUGCGCCGGCCGCUGAGUCGAAGGGCGAGGAGGCUGCUUAA